AAACUACAAGAGAUACAAACACUGCACUAUUUGGUAGAGCAAAUUCUCAGUUACAAAACACUGUUUUCUAACAUAGUCACCUAUGUAAGCUAUGCAUUUUUUGCUGGUGUUGAACAAGAGCCUGCAUGCUGUGCUUGUAAAGAUGUGGUAACACUAGAAGUGAUCUGCCAUCACCACAGCUGAAAUACACCAUUGGCCUUCAUGGUCACCUGAGUACACUGCUGAUUUAUGUUCAGUUAGCUGUUAACUAAUAUGCUCAGAUUCUUUUCUACCCCUCAGCUUUCCAGGACUGUGCCCCAAGCCUGUAGCGUUUCCUGAGGUUGCGACCAAAGUGCAGGACCUGACAUUUGAUCUUGUUGAACCUCAUUUGUUGGCCUUAUCCUAUGGAUCCAGCCUGUCCAGAUCCCUCUGCAGGGCCUUCCUGCCCCCAGGCAAACCGAUGCUUCCUCCCAACUUGGUGUCAUCUGCAAACUUACUGAAGUUGCAUUCAAUCGCCUUGUCCAGAUAAUCAGUAAAGAUAUUAAACAGUACUGCCCCCUGAGGAACUCUGCUAGUAACCAGUGUUUACCACCACGCUCUGAGCUUGUCUGUCCAGACAUUUAUUUUUAACCAGCGAAGAUACCCCAAUAAUAAGUUCAGGCUGACAGGCCUGUAAUUUCCCAGCACCCUUCCCCACCUCCCGUGCCCCGGACAACAUUUCUUCUAAUUGUGACUCAUAUUAAGAAGUCUCCAGUCACCCAGGAUGUCCUCUGUUGACCAGGACUGCUGAAAAAUGAUGAAAAGUGUCUUGGAAGUCACUUUCACCAUCUCCCUCAGUACUCUUGGGUGGAUCCCACCUUUUCCUGGGAACUUGUGACAAUCCAGGAUUUCUACCAUGCUGUAGUACUUGCUGAAAAAUGGAUGAUGAUGAUUUUGGAGGAUUUGAGGCAGCAGAGAGCUAUGAGUGUGGAAAUGGUGACAAGCAGACUACAUCUCCUGCUAUUCCAUGGGCAGCAUUUCCUACAGAGUUUGAAGUCCAUAUAUCUCAGAAUGUUUCUCCUGAUGUUCAUUUGGAGCAUUGUGUGCCUUCGUCCUUCCUGGAUCCUUCUGACUCACUCACUUUAUCAAGUGAUAAUGUGGCAACAUCUAUUCAGACAGCCAACAAUGUGAUAAACUCAGCUGUUCUUGAAGAACAGAUUCAAGUAGAUAUUCCAGUUGCCUCUUUGAAUUUAACAGAAGAUAAGUCCUUAGUCACAUCCAUUGCUUUGGAUGAUGCUGAGUUGCAGAGAACAAAUGAAUCAAAGAGCUGCCUUCAACAAACUCUAGCAAAUCUAGAGAUCAAUCUUUGUGCUGCUGAGGAAGAAAAAUUAAAAAUUAAAAAGGAAUUAGAUUAUUUACUGGAAAAACACAGUGUUCAAGAAAUGAAUUUCUUGAAGGAGAAAAAAGAAAAAGCUCUUUCACAUCAAGAUCAUUACAAGAUACUCCAGGAAAAGCAUAAGCAAGAGUUAGAAGAUAUGAGAAAAGCUGGACAUGAAGCCUUGAGUAUUAUUGUUGAAGAGUUCAAGUCGUUGCUACAGUGUACAGUUCAACAGCAAGAAGCAUCUGCUGAGAAACAGUAUAUACUAGCAAUUGAAAAACAUUCUUACAAAUGUCAAGAGCUUCUUGAUGCUCAGCAUCAGAGACUUCUUGACAUUCUGGAAGCAGAGAAGGAAGCAUUGUCAGAAAAGAUAGGAGAAGCUUUGAUGCAGCAGUCAAAAAAACAUAAGGAAGUGCUGGACAAGUGUUUGGAUGAAGAAAGGAAAAGAAGUAAGGAGGCUGUGGAAGCUGCUGCAAAGGCUGAAAAAGAAAUAGUACAGGAGGCUGUUCUGAAAGCCAUAGAGGAGGAAAGGAGAAAUAUGGAGAAGAUUCAUGAAGAAGAAAGAAAUAUAUGGAAAGCAGAACAUGAGAGACAAAACAACAAGAUUGCCCAGGCUGUUCAGGAAGCAAUGCAAGAACAAAGAAAACAUAAUGAAGAAAUUAUCAAGGAAGCAUUAAUGGAGGAGCAAAAACGAAGUGAAAACGCAAUUGAAGAAGCUGUUAAAAGGACAAGAGAAGAACUAAUGGAGUAUAUUAAGGAGCAGAAAAGGCUUGAUCAAGUUAUUCGUCAGAGAAAUCUGUCUAGUUUGGAACUUUUCCUCUCAUGUGCACAGAAACAAUUAAGCAGUUUAUUAAAUGAAGAACCAACCACCUCACAGGAAAAGAGAGACUGACAUUCUCUGUACCACCGAUACAGGAUGAUUUGUGAACUUGCAAAUCUCAGCCAAGCAAAUGGCAGAUGUCUUCAUUUGGGAGUGUAUAAUGGGUUCAAGAUUUCUCUGAAACUAUUCUUGAGAGAAAUAUCUGUGUAUUCAGUCCUUUAUUUUUUCUUUUAAUGGGAAAAAAUAGUUUUUAUUUAUGAUUUAAUGUUAUUGUCUUAUCUAGUAGCCUGUGAUUGAAGCUCUAGGUAACUACAGCAAUGAUGAAAAAAUUCCCUUUCAUUUCUGGUUUAAAGGUGUUAUCAUGUCUUGAUGUAAUUUAUUAGUAUUUUUAAUUUUAAAAGAAAUUGAAAAAUAAUUAAAUAUAUGUACAAUCUAUCUUUAUUUCUCAAGUAUAUGCCCAAAUGCAUUGCCUGAAAUGAGUGUGAGAAGCUUAUUAACUCUUAUUGCUAUAGAUGCAUAAUGGAAGAAUCUGUGCUGAAAGAGCUUUGACAGUCAUUUCUUCAGACAUUUGUAAACAACUCCAGCUCUAGUGAUAGAAAAAAGUUAAAAACCCGGCAGUGCAUCACAUUAGAGUAGUUAUGAACAUUACUGUAACCAGUGUCUGGUAUGUGUUCUAUUUCUGUUUUAUAAAGCUCAGAGACCUCAGUUUCAGGAAUAUGAUGUACGUAAUCUUGUGGAUAUGUAUACUGCACUGCUUCAGUGGAAUUUCUGACAGAAUAAGGAGAGUAUCUUGCUGACCUCAGAUGUCAUUUUUAAACCCACUGAAGGAAGUAGUAAUACUGUCAACUGACAAUGGACUUUGUAUCAAGUCUAUGAAUGGGAAACGCAGUGCCUACACUCUACUGAUUGUAGAUCUGGAGCUUUAGUUUUUAAGUUCUGGAUGAAAUAAUGCCUAGGAAUAUAAAUAAACUGAGAAUGAUACCUCUGAUGGUGAGCUUGUCAUCCAGUGGGGACCCAUGUGCACUUCUUGUUAUUUUCUGGUGGUUGUGAUUUUUAAUUCCAUUUUUUUUUCUGUUGUUUUUCCAGUCAGUCACUUUUCAUAAAUUGCUUCCUUACAGCAAUGAACUCCAAAUAGUUUCCUAUGUGUUUGUUAAUAUGAAAUGUGUAUUGCAGAGGGUUUAUUUUUAUUUAAAUAUUUUUCUGUCCUUACUUUUUGUAAUCAGAACCAAAGUUUUUGCCUUCUGUAUGGCUAUGGGGUUUCUCUGAAUAAGUAAACGAUGCAGAUUUUAUUA